CACUUCCAGAUCCUCAACAGAAAGGUCCUCUCUGACACCAUGUACUACUACAGCAACUACUACGGUGGCCUGGGCUGUGGCUAUGGCUGUGGCUACGGCUAUGGUGGCUAUGGUGGCUAUGGCUGUGGUGGCUAUGGUUACGGCUGUUGCCGCCCCCUGUGCUGCAGAAGAUACUGGUCCUAUGGCUUCUACUGAGGCGUUUCCACAGCUUCACAGUCUGUUGAUACACUUUUAGAUUUCUUCAAACAGCAGCUAUAUGCUAAAUUAUCUAAAAACACAAAACCUGGUGACAUGCCAUUUGAUUGGUUAUCAACUGGAUAAGACUGUAUGUGUAAAAGUUUCUAUAUUAUCUUUGUAAUGUAAUGUAACAUGACCAAAUUUGAUUCUCAAUGUUUAAAUAAAAGAUAUA